AUGAGAAACAAAGCAUCUCCACUGAAUCAUCAAGAAGCCUCUUUCUCAUACUCUUGUUCUCCUUAUCAUCUGUGGACAAACCAAGACAGCUCAACCAGAACCUCUUCCUUCACAGAAGCCUUUUUUCCUGAACCCCCCAAGGGAACCCGUGCUCAAUCAAGUACGUCCCCAACAGGGAGGCAAGCCUUUGAUCCCGGGUGUGGUGAAGGACUCUAUUGCAUUAGGGACCAGGGCGGUCGAGGUAAAACUGCAACCAAAGAGGAAGCAGCCGGUCGUGCAGUGAAGCGUAGGGACUCUCCAAGACCCUUACAGGCUGUCCCAAAUCAGUGGAAGGCUCCUACUGAGUUGGGUCAAUGGGAAGCAAAAUGUCCCUCUGACCUCAAGGAGCUCUUAGAGUUCUUGCUAAACUUCGAGAAGCACCUUGGUAUUGAUGCUGCCAGAGUCAUCCAAGAUCAUCAUAUAUCGAAAGAUGUUCAUGGCAACAAUUUCAAAGGAAUGCCACGUUUUUCUUAG